AUGAAUUCUAGUGAUGUCGAUCAGUAUGGACGCUUGCAGUCUCUUAAUCAAGGUGCAAUUGCAUUUAACAAUGAAUUAAGUGCCAUGUGUGACAAACUGCGCUAUGGUGGGCCGCCAUACAACUACAAUCCUAACACUUCAUGUGGCCAAACAGGUUAUCAUGUCUGCAAGGAAUGGGCUCAGAACAUAAGUUGGGAUGGAGUUCACUACACGGAAGCUGCCAACGCAAUCGUGGCCUCGAAGAUACUUUCUACAAAUUACUCUAAACCUCAAAUCGAGUUUAGUUACUUUUGUUACUGA